GCACUUCCUUUUCGUGUGGGAGGCCUUGGAGGGAGAGCAGCGUGGCUGGGCCUCUCUGCUGGCCGCCAUGGCAUGUACACGUCCAUUAAUCUCGGUGUACUCCGAAAAGGGGGAGGUGUCUGGCAAAAAUGUCACGAUGCCUGCGGUCUUCAGGGCUCCCAUCCGGCCAGACAUCGUUAACUUUGUUCACACCAACCUGCGAAAAAACAACAGGCAACCUUAUGCUGUCAGUGAACUUGCAGGUCAUCAGACCAGUGCUGAGUCUUGGGGUACCGGCCGGGCCGUUGCCCGUAUUCCCCGGGUGAGGGGCGGUGGAACUCACCGCUCUGGCCAGGGUGCUUUUGGAAACAUGUGCCGAGGCGGUCGCAUGUUUGCGCCAACCAAGACUUGGCGCCGCUGGCACCGUAGGGUGAAUACUACUCAGAAGCGCUACGCCAUCUGCUCGGCUCUGGCAGCUUCUGCCCUGCCAGCCCUGGUCAUGUCGAAAGGUCACCGUAUUGAGGAAAUUCCAGAACUUCCUCUGGUGGUCGAAGACAAGGUUGAGGGAUACAAGAAGACCAAGGAAGCUGUUCUCCUUCUCAAAAAGCUUAAGGCUUGGAAUGACAUCAAAAAGGUGUACGCCUCCCAGCGUAUGCGUGCCGGGAAGGGGAAGAUGCGGAACCGGCGCCGUAUCCAGCGCAGGGGCCCCUGCAUCAUCUACAAUGAGGACAACGGGAUCAUCAAGGCCUUCAGGAAUAUCCCCGGAAUCACUCUGCUCAACGUGACCAAGCUGAACCUUUUGAGACUGGCCCCCGGAGGCCACGUGGGAAGGUUCUGCAUCUGGACCGAGAGCGCCUUCCGCAAGCUGGACGACCUGUAUGGGACGUGGCGUAAGGCGGCCACUCUGAAGAGCAACUACAACUUGCCAAUGCACAAGAUGACCAACACAGACCUUGGGAGGAUACUGAGAAGCCCAGAGAUCCAGAAGGCUCUGCGUGCUCCACGUAAGAAGAUCCGUCGCAGAGUUCUCAAGAAGAACCCACUGAAGAACUUGAGGGUGAUGUUGAAGCUGAACCCGUAUGCCAAGACUGUACGCCGUCAUACCAUCCUCCGCCAAACCAGGAAUCGUAAACUGAGAGAAAACAAAGCUGCCGGGAUCACGAAAGCCGACGUAUACGCUAAGCUAAAGAGGCCCAUUAAAACUGGCAUGAAGAAGGGAGAAAAGACAGCCGCGGAAAAGACUGCAGCAGAAAAGACCGCAGAGGAAAAGAAGCCUGUGGCGGAAAAGAAGAAGGCUGCGGUGGCGGAAAAGAAGCAUGCCGGGGAGAAGAAGGCUGCAGCAGCAAAGAAGCCUGCUGGGGAAAAGAAGCCUGCAGGGGAGAAGGCGGCAGCGGAAAAGAAACCUGCAGGGGAGAAGAAGGCAGUGGAAAAGAAACCCGCAGGGGAGAAGGCUGCAGCGGAAAAGAAACCCGCAGGGGAGAAGGCCGCAGCGGAAAAGAAACCCUCAGGGGAGAAGGCCGCAGCGGAAAAGAAGCCGGCAGGGGAGAAGGCCGCAGCGGAAAAGAAGCCGGCAGGGGAGAAAAAGGCAGCGGAAAAGAAGCCGGCAGGGGAGAAAAAGGCAGCGGAAAAGAAGCCCCCUGCAUAAACACAAUUUAAUGUAUUUCUUAAUUGCCACGGACCACAAUUCUUGAGGAAUAAAGAGGCUUCAGUAAUGGCAUUAACUUUA